UCCCAGCAUGCAAGUUUACUGAUAAAACGUCUCGUUGCGCUCUUUUUAUCCGCCAUUUCAACCAGUCAGACAUUUAGCACUGGGACGUUUUGAACCGUGUAAUUUUGUGAGUUGUUAUUCAAGGAACGUGACGGAGCCUACAAACUUACUUUUGAACACACGGCCAUUCUUAGAAGAGUUCUUCAUUCAGCAAACCUCUGCGGGAAAUUUAUUGGCUUUCUACGUUUGAAUAGCAAGCCAAAAUGUCGACUGAGGCCGCACCUGAGAAACCAGGCCAGGGUGAGGUGAAUGGCAAGGCCAACCACGAAUCCAGGAAAGAGAGGCCCCAGAAGCGCGGUGGAGGUGGCGGCCGCUUCGAGCCCUAUGGAAACCCCUCCAAGAGAUACAGAGUCUUUGUCAGCAAUAUUCCAUACGACGUGAAAUGGCAAUCUCUGAAAGACCUCAUGAAGGAGAAAGUGGGUGAGGUUACGUACGUGGAGCACUUAAUGGACGCAGAAGGCAAAUCAAGGGUAAGUGCAAGAGACGAACCUCUGUUUGUCCGCUUGAGUUUACUUUUCUUUCUGAAAGGGGGAGUAUGUAUGAAGGCCUGCCCAGUCUUGAGAAGUGUCUUUCUGCAGGCACAUUCGGCGAAAAAGCAGGUGCAGCAGAGACCGUGGUUCUGAAGUGAGCCACAGGGUUGGGUUGCUACUGAGACUGAGCAGGAUUUUGGCUCUGCCUUUCUCUGUUUGUCGGAUUUUGUUCAUGUGGGACUAAUGGGAUCUAGCCUUAGGCAAGGUUGAAAGAUGGACAUAGAAUUGUUGCACCUAAGCAUGCCUACAACCUCCCUCUAAUGGAGUAAUUCUGUGGUGUGGAACUCUGCCUGAUGAAAAGUGAGGUCAUUGUGAGGUAGAAGAAGGAACCCUCUGGGUGAAUAUGUGCAUUGGUGUAAGUUUUAUCCUUUAACACAGCUGUCAAGUAUUACAAGUAACUGUUUUGAAUUGGGUGCUCAAAGCUUUCACUUGUUUUUUUCAAUGUCAUCUGUGUUCCUUGUCUAACUAUGUGCUUUUUUACAUGACUGAUUAUCCCAAUGCGAUUGCAUCAAUCAACUAAAGGGUUGUGC